CCGGCCGAGGACUUGUCCAAGGUGUCGGACGAGGAGCUGCUCAAGUGGAGCAAGGAGGAGCUGAUCCGCAGCCUCCGCCGCGCCGAGGCCGAGAAGAUGAGCGCGAUGCUGGACCACAGCAACCUCAUCCGUGAGGUCAACCGUCGCCUCCAGCUCCACCUCGGCGAGAUCCGCGGCUUGAAGGAUAUCAACCAGAAGCUGCAAGAAGAUAACCAAGAACUGAGAGACCUUUGCUGCUUUCUGGAUGAUGACAGGCAGAAAGGCAAGAAGGUGUCCCGUGAAUGGCAGAGACUGGGCAGGUACAGCGCGAGUGUUAUGCACAAAGAGGUUGCCUUAUACUUACAGAGGCUGAAAGAACUGGAAGUGAGACAAGAAGAAGUGGUGAAGGAAAACCUGGAGCUGAAAGAAUUGUGUGUGUUGCUGGAUGAGGAGAAGAGUGGUGGAGCAGGCAGCCGGAGCUCUAUUGACAGCCAAAUCAGCCUGUGCCAGUUAACCACGACGAGUACUUACGUAAGAGAUGUCGGUGAUGGGAGUAGUACUUCUAGCACGGGAAGUACAGACAGUCCAGACCAUCAUAAACAUCAUCCAAGUACUAGUCCAGAACAUCUUCAAAAAACUCGGGGUGAAGGAAGCCCUGAGCAUCAGAAACACAGGAGCAUCAGCCCAGAGCACUUGCAGAAGCCUCGGAGUUCUGGCAGUCCUGAUCAUCACCUGAAAGGACCAAGUCCGGAACAUCACAAAACUAUUGUCAAAGCACCUGAACAACAAAAGCACAGCAGCAGCAGUCCAGAAACUAUCCCAAAGCAUGUUUUGAGUAGUGGCCCUGAACACUUUCAAAAGCAGAGGCCUGGUAGUAGCCCUGAGCAUCAAAAGCAUGGCAGUGGCAGCCCAGAUCAUCUUCAAAAGCACACGCCGAGCGGAAGUACAGAACAUCUCCACAAAGUGAGGGGUACGAGCCCUGAGCAUCUCAAACAACACUAUGGAGGGAGCCCAGAGCAUCUCAAACAUCUCAGUGGAGGCAGCAGAGAAGGUACCCUCAGGAGACAAGUAACAGAUGACCUGUCACCUCACCACAGAAGUAUAUACAAUGGAAUGAAUGAAUCAACCUUGUCCUAUGUUAGGCAGCUGGAGGCAAGAGUAAGACAGCUGGAGGAGGAAAAUCGCAUGCUGCCCCAGGAUCCCAUUAGGAUGCCAGGAGGGGCGGAGGGGAGUUACUGCUCUGCAAACGAGCCAGCUAGCGUCAGUGGACAUGGCUCAGCCUCUCAGCAGUCUGACUCAGUGGUAAAUGCUCUGAAGGUUGUGUGGAGGAAACUUGGAGAUGCUGCAGGAUCGUGCCCUGGAAUUAGACAACACUUGUCAGGAAAUCAGUAUAAAGGACCUAUGUAA